AGCAGCGACCGCUGCAGCCCCACACUCCGCCGCCAACCUGGAGGAGCGACGGAAGCCGGACCCCAGGAGGAUGGAGGAUGAAGCUGUCCUGGACAGAGGGGCUUCCUUCCUUAAGCAUGUGUGUGAUGAAGAAGAAGUAGAAGGUCACCACACCAUCUACAUCGGGGUUCACGUGCCGAAGAGUUACAGAAGAAGGAGACGUCACAAGAGAAAGACGGGGCACAAAGAAAAGAAGGAAAAGGAGAGAAUCUCGGAGAACUACUCUGACAAAUCGGAUGUUGAAAAUGCUGAUGAAUCCAGCAGCAGCAUCCUGAAGCCUCUCAUCUCCCCUGCCGCGGAACGCAUCCGAUUCAUCUUGGGAGAGGAGGAUGACAGCCCAGCCCCCCCACAGCUCUUCACGGAACUGGAUGAGUUGCUGGCCGUGGAUGGGCAGGAGAUGGAGUGGAAGGAGACAGCCAGGUGGAUAAAAUUUGAAGAAAAAGUGGAACAGGGUGGGGAAAGAUGGAGCAAGCCCCAUGUGGCCACACUGUCCCUUCACAGCUUAUUUGAGCUGAGGACGUGUAUGGAGAAAGGAUCCAUCAUGCUUGACCGGGAGGCUGCCUCUCUCCCACAGUUGGUGGAGAUGAUUGUUGACCAUCAGAUUGAGACAGGCCUAUUGAAACCUGACCUUAAGGAUAAGGUGACCUACACUUUGCUCCGGAAGCACCGGCAUCAAACCAAGAAAUCCAACCUUCGGUCCCUGGCUGACAUUGGGAAGACAGUCUCGAGUGCAAGUAGGAUGUUUACCAACCCUGAUAAUGGUAGCCCAGCCAUGGCCCAUAGGAAUCUGACUUCCUCCAGCCUGAAUGACAUUUCUGAUAAACCGGAGAAGGACCAGCUGAAGAAUAAGUUCAUGAAAAAACUGCCACGUGAUGCAGAAGCUUCCAACGUGCUUGUUGGCGAGGUUGACUUUCUGGAUACUCCUUUCAUUGCCUUUGUUCGGCUACAGCAGGCUGUCAUGCUGGGGGCCCUGACCGAGGUCCCUGUGCCCACAAGGUUCUUGUUCAUUCUCUUAGGCCCUAAGGGGAAGGCCAAGUCCUACCAUGAGAUCGGCAGAGCCAUUGCCACCUUGAUGUCCGACGAGGUCUUCCAUGACAUUGCUUAUAAAGCAAAGGACAGGCAUGACCUGAUUGCUGGCAUCGAUGAGUUCCUAGAUGAAGUCAUUGUCCUUCCGCCUGGGGAAUGGGAUCCAGCCAUCAGGAUAGAGCCUCCUAAGAGUCUUCCAUCGUCUGACAAAAGGAAGAAUAUGUACUCGGGUGGGGAGAACGUGCAGAUGAACGGGGACACGCCCCACGACGGAGGGCACGGAGGAGGCGGCCACGGGGACUGCGAGGAGUUGCAGCGAACUGGACGGUUCUGUGGUGGGCUAAUCAAGGACAUAAAGAGGAAAGCACCAUUUUUUGCCAGUGAUUUUUAUGAUGCUCUAAAUAUUCAGGCUCUUUCGGCAAUUCUGUUCAUUUAUCUGGCAACCGUAACUAACGCCAUCACUUUUGGAGGACUCCUUGGGGAUGCCACCGAAAACAUGCAGGGCGUGUUGGAGAGUUUUUUGGGCACUGCUGUCUCGGGAGCCAUCUUUUGCCUUUUUGCUGGUCAACCACUCACUAUUUUGAGCAGCACCGGACCUGUCCUAGUUUUUGAGAGGCUUCUGUUUAAUUUCAGCAAAGACAAUAAUUUUGACUAUUUGGAGUUUCGCCUUUGGAUUGGCCUGUGGUCAGCCUUCCUGUGUCUCGUUUUAGUAGCCACUGAUGCCAGCUUCUUGGUUCAGUACUUCACUCGUUUCACGGAAGAGGGCUUCUCUUCCUUGAUUAGCUUCAUCUUUAUCUACGAUGCUUUCAAGAAGAUGAUCAAGCUAGCAGAUUACUACCCCAUCAACUCCAACUUCAAAGUGGGCUACAAUACUCACUUUUCCUGUGCCUGUGUGCCGCCUGACCCAGUUAAUAUCUCAAUAUCUAAUGACACCAUGAUGGUGCCAGAGGAUUUGCCAACUGCUUCUUCUACUGACAUGUACCAUAAUGCUACCCUCGACUGGGCAUUUUUGUCGAAGAAGGAGUGUUUGAAAUACGGAGGAAAGCUCGUGGGCAACAACUGUCAUUUUGUUCCUGAUAUCACACUCAUGUCUUUCAUCCUCUUCUUGGGAACCUACACCUCUUCUAUGGCUCUGAAAAAGUUCAAAACUAGUCGUUAUUUUCCAACCACAGCAAGAAAACUGAUCAGUGAUUUUGCCAUUAUCUUGUCCAUUCUCAUCUUUUGUGUAAUAGAUGCCCUGGUAGGUGUGGACACUCCAAAACUAAUUGUGCCAAGUGAGUUCAAGCCAACAAGUCCGAACCGAGGUUGGUUCGUUCCACCAUUUGGAGGAAACCCCUGGUGGGUAUACCUUGCUGCUGCUAUCCCUGCUUUGUUGGUCACCAUUCUGAUUUUCAUGGACCAACAAAUUACAGCUGUGAUUGUAAACAGGAAAGAACACAAACUCAAAAAAGGAGCGGGGUAUCACUUGGAUCUCUUCUGGGUGGCCAUCCUCAUGGUCGUGUGCUCCUUCAUGGCUCUUCCGUGGUACGUGGCUGCGACUGUCAUCUCCAUCGCUCACAUCGACAGUUUGAAGAUGGAGACAGAGACCUCGGCACCCGGAGAACAGCCAAAGUUUCUAGGAGUGAGGGAACAAAGAGUCACUGGAACCCUUGUGUUUAUUCUGACUGGUCUGUCAGUCUUUAUGGCUCCCAUCUUGAAGUUUAUUCCCAUGCCUGUACUCUAUGGUGUGUUCUUGUACAUGGGCGUGGCAUCCCUGAACGGUGUGCAGUUCAUGGAUCGUCUGAAGCUGCUUCUGAUGCCCCUGAAGCAUCAGCCUGACUUUAUCUACCUGCGUCAUGUCCCCCUGCGGAGGGUGCACCUGUUCACCUUCCUGCAGGUGUUGUGUCUGGCCCUGCUCUGGAUCCUCAAGUCAACUGUGGCUGCCAUCAUCUUCCCAGUCAUGAUCUUGGCACUUGUAGCUGUCAGAAAGGGCAUGGACUACCUCUUCUCCCAGCACGACCUCAGCUUCCUCGAUGAUGUCAUUCCAGAAAAGGACAAGAAAAAGAAAGAGGAUGAGAAGAAAAAGAAAAAGAAGAAGGGAAGCCUGGACAGUGAUAAUGACGAUUCUGACUGCCCAUACUCAGAAAAAGUUCCAAGUAUUAAAAUUCCAAUGGACAUCAUGGAACAGCAACCUUUCCUAAGCGAUAGCAAACCUUCCGACAGGGAAAGAUCACCAACAUUCCUUGAACGCCACACAUCAUGCUGAUAAAAUUCCUUUCCUUCAGUCACUCGGUUUGCCAAGUCCUCCUAGAACUCCAGUAAAAGUUGUGCCUCAAAUUAGAAUAGAACUUGAGCCUGAAGACAAUGAUUAUUUCUGGAGGAGCAAGGGAACAGAAACUACAUUGUAACCUGUUUGUCUUUCUUGAAACUGACAGUUUUGUUGUUAAUGUUCUUGGGGUUUUUUUGUCUGGCUGUUUGUUUAUUUUUUAACUUUUGUUUCAGUUUUUGGUCACUGGCCAAAUAAUACAGCGCUCUCUCUCUGCUUCUCUCUUGCAUAGGUAAAAUCAAGACACUAGUGUACCGUUCCUUAAAAACAGCAUCUGAGCAAUCCAUCCCCCUUUUGUUCCUAAACUUUCAGAUGUGUCCUCUGACAACCAAAUUCCUGUAUCACUCGAGACAUGCACAGACCUGUCCUUUUCCUCUAUUAAGCAGGGGACAAAAGUAUUAAGGAUUUUACAAACACCUUUUAUUAAAAUAUUGAAAGAACUUACAACUUUAGCUUUGGAGCUAUGCUAACUGGCUUGUCUUUGUCUGGUAGAACAAACCUUGACCUCCAGACAAAGUCCCUUCUCACUUACAGAGCUCUCUGACCGGAAAAAAAAGUGCUGCUAUUCUAACUUGCUCUUGCUUGUAAACCCUAAUCUUAGAGUUAUCAAAA